AGACGGCGCUGUCAGUCAGCGGGAGGGGGGCGUGGCGACGGCAUCAAGCUGCGCUGCGCGGCAGAGCCCCGCUGGUGUCCGGCCCGUUCGGCCCCACCGGGAGCGGUGAGCGCCCAUUGACCACAACGGAGGAGAACCGUCCCCAUCUCCACUCAGAGCCCGUCGCCCUUUGGUCGGAGCAGGUGGUGUGAGCACCCUAAUAGCAGGACCCUCAGUGCUGGGCCUGGUGCUGAUGGCAGACGAUGUCCACCACUAAUAACAUCGCUCAGGCCCGUAAGCUGGUGGAGCAGCUCCGCAUCGAGGCCGGCAUCGAGCGCAUCAAGGUCUCCAAAGCUUCAUCGGAGCUGAUGAAUUACUGUGAGCAACAUGCCCGGAGCGACCCACUGCUGGUUGGGGUUCCUGCAUCCGAGAACCCCUUUAAGGACAAAAAACCUUGCACCAUCCUAUAGCCACCCCAGCUUUAAUCUGUGCCCCCCAAAGCAGGGCAGGGCCGGACCCACUGGCUGUAGGGUAACGGCCAAGCAGAGGUUGUAGGGCUGCCCCACAUCGGGCUCUGCAGGUUGGGGUGGUGGUAAAGGGAGCGGAGCAGAGGGGUGAAUAUUAACCAAGUUAAUAAGAAACAAACCUAAAGGGGGGGGGGGUUGGGGGUUUGGGUUGGGGGGGUUGUGGGGUGGGAGGGGGUUUGUUUUCAAAGCAGAGGUGGUGGGGUGGGGGAGGAAUGGAUGGGUUUGGUUUGGUGAUGGCCAGCGGGAUGGGAGAGGGGGGCAAAGGGAGAGUGUGGGGCUGGGUGUGGGGCUGGGUGUGGGGCUGAGCCCCUCUGUCCGCAUUGCAGGGUGCAGCCUUGGGGAUGGUGUAGGGGGGGAGGUGAGAGCUGCUGUGUAAAGCAAUGGGGCCAACCCCCCCCCCCACAACAAAGCACCCCAUAACACAGCUUGAUAAACCACAGGGGGGCAUGGAGUGGGGGGGGUUCUGGGUGCAGCCAGCCCCACAUCACCCCACAUUGACCCACAUUGCUGCACCCCCCCCCUCCACCCCUCCACCCUCCCUUGACCCCCAUGGCUGAGCUCUGAACUCCAGCCCCACGGCUCCGGGUUGUGCUGCAGGUUGUCCUCCUCUCUAGGAAGGGGUUUCCUCUGUCCUUAAUCUAGUCCAGCUCCAGCCUUAUUUUUCUACUCCGGAUUGCUGAUUCUUCCUCUAUGUUAGAGACCAGUGCAUGGUGCUAUAGCUGGUGGAUGGGGGCAGAGAGCAGCCCCGUGCCCCCCACAGCCCUGCCUGCCCCACACCUGCCAACAGUGCUCUGCCCAGGGGGGUCCAGGAGAGUCCGUGUGGGUCCAGCUGGGUCUCUGUGGGUCCAUGGGUCCAUAUGAGUCCAUAUGGGUCUGUGUGGGUCCAGGUGGGUCCCUAUGGGUCUGUGUGGGUCCACGGGACCAUAUUGGGUCCAUAUGAGUCCAUAUGGGUCUGUGUGGGUCCAAGUGGGUCCCUAUGGGUCAGUGUGGGUCCAUGGAUCCAUCUGGUUCUGUGUGGGUCCAUGGGUCCUUGUGGAUCCAGGUGGGUCCCUAUGGGUCUGUGUGGGUCCACGGGUCCAUAUUAAGACUGUAUGAGUCCA